AUUCAGUUACAUGACUCAGGUUUGUUCAGAAAGCUGCCAGAGCUGCAGCUAUCUGCAGAUCUCUGCAGAUGGAUGUUGAGGACAGAGCCCAGCUCUGCUUUCCACAGCUGCUGAACACCUCCUGCAGGAAGCCCUUGCCUCCUUGGCCCGAAACAGUUACCAUUGUGUGGUACUCCAUCUCUCUGCUCACUGUGGCUCUCAACCUGCUCAUCAUCAUCUCAAUCUCCCACUUCAGGCAGCUCCACACACCCACCAACAUCCUCCUCCUCUCUCUGGCUGUCUCAGACCUUCUAGUGGGCCUCGUGCUGAUGCCUGUAGAAGUUCUCAGAAAAACAUCUUGCUGGUUUCUUAGUGACCUUGUGUGUGCUACGUAUACUCUUCUUUCAGUCAACAUUCCCUCAGCCUCAAUAGGUACCAUAGUGCUCAUAUCAGUUGACCGUUAUGUUGCUAUUUGUGACCCUCUGCAUUACACCACUAAAGUCACCGGGAGAAGAGUUAAACUCUGUGUUUGUCUGUGUUGGCUCUGUUCCGUUUUCUACAGCCUUCUUUAUUUAAAGGAUCUCCCGACUCAAUCAGGGAAGUAUAAAUCCUGCUACGGAGAAUGUGUGUUUUUAUAUGACCCGAUCUCAUUGACUAUUGAUCUUGUAUUGACCUUUAUUGUUCCAGUUACUGUGAUCAUAGCUCUGUAUCUGAGAGUGUUUGCUGUGGCUGUGUCUCAGGCUCAUGCCAUGCGCUCUCACAUUACAGCUGUCACACUCCAGCAUUCAGUGACUCCAAAGGCAAAGAAAUCAGAGCUGAAAGCAGCCAGGAAUCUUGCCAGGCAUCUUGGUGUUCUUGUAGUUGUUUUUCUAAUGUGUUUCUGCCCAUUAUACGCCACAAUAUGGACAGGUUACAACUUGUUUACUGCUUCAAUUUUACCCUUUUUACCCAUUCUGUUCUGUUUUAACUCUUGUCUAAACCCUGUGAUCUAUGCCUUGUUUUACCCCUGGUUUAGAAAAUCAGUUAAACUCAUUGUUACUCUUCAGAUACUGCAGCCUGGCUCCUCUGAGACCAACAUGCUGUAGAGAGGCUGAGAUCAGACUUGGUUUAAGGAUAAAGCAAUGAAUGCUGUUCAGUGAAUGAGUUAUCAAA